ACAUGCAAACACAAAUGUUUUUCAUUAUAAGUGAGCAUAUUUUCCUCCGGGUUAAAAGCAAUGCAAAUGUAGAAAUAAACCAAAUGGUGCAGUGUGAAUCUUUAAUUUGAGGUUAUGUCAGUGUGUAUUAAACUGUCUCGUUUAAAGAUCAAGACUACCCAUUUACUGUCGUUACGUGCGUUUAAUGACAACAUCUAUGAGCUCAGAGCUGCGUGCCAUACCAGCCCCCUUGGCUCGUAUAAAACAAGACCGCAAAGAUACAGUGAAAGAAAAGCUGGCACGAGCUGAAUCUGAACUGAGGAGCCCAACUGUCGGAUACUUGACACGAGAAUAUGGCUGUGAAAAGCGGAAAUGAACUGUGCAAAUAUAGAUUAUUAUUCAUCUUCAUAAUGCUCUUCAACAUAUCCUUAAGUACAUCAGUUAGUCUAGAUUUAACCGAGUUGCGAAAUAAAGUUUCCAAAUUUAAAGUCCAUCCACGAGGGAAUCUCUGGGCUACAGGUCAUUUCAUGGGCAAGAAAAGCAUUUCAAAUAGCCAGUUACUAGACAACUCAUCAUCCUCAGGAUCUAAGAGGUUUCGUAUUCGGUCAGCGAGUUCAGAAACUGAAGAUUUGAGGGAACUGAUCAGUCAGGAGGUCCUGAAAGUCGCUCUUCAAGCUGAACUUCAGGAUCCAAAAGGGACACAAGAUCUUCAUAACCAGGACACAGACUUCUUGAUGAAGCUUUUGAAAAACUACACCAAAGAAAGAAACAUUGGCUAGCCUACAUAAAAUAUUUAUGUGACUUACAAUUGUUUACAAGAUCUGUAUACACAAGUCUUAUUUAAUGCUCUUGUUUGUGUUUCUUAUUUAUGCCUGUUAUAUAAAUAUGUAUGUAUUUUGUAAAAGUGUUUAAACUAAAUUCAUAGACUGCUGUGGCUACUGCAUAUUAACUGUAUGAAUGGAUGGAUGGAUGGAUGAAGACUUUAAAAAUGUAUUUUAAGAAAAUAAAUAUGAAACAGCAAAAAAAGUAUUAUUAUCACCUCUUAUAUUGAUGUCAAAAGAUGCAAAGUUAUCUUAACCUACAUGAAAAAUACUGUAGUAAAAGUAUUUACUUUAAUAAAUGCUAGUAAAAUUC